UAGUAAUGUUUGCAGAUUCGUCGGUGGAAGACGUUUUGGGGCUGCUGCAAGUGCGCGCGAUGUGAAUCGUUUGCGAGCCAAGUGAAGAUUGUUUUGCGUUGCUUUCUCGUAUAAUUUUGUACCAAGAAAAACGCGUUGCUCAUCCCAGUGGGUUUCAUUUUCAACAAUGAUCAUCCCAGUGCUUUUAACGUACCUAUCGACCGUGGACGGGUUUAAUUUAUCGCCCGACGCCAAUUACGUCUUCACUCAGCCAGCUCUAAAAACGUUCAUACGCCCGACACGUAGCUCGUACUUUGGAUUCUCCGUCAACCUGAGAACUAGCGGCGUAUUAGUCGGUGCACCGCAAGCACAAUCGGAUCUGGAGUAUCAGCGCAACAUCAACGAAACUGGUGCCAUUUACAAGUGUAGCUUUCAAAAGCCCACCGAAUGUGUACCGUACCGUCUCGAUCGGCAGGGCAACACAAACUACGAGGACUACUACACCAACCAUCCCGAGAUACGGUCGGAGCUGAAGGAGCACCAAAUGCUCGGCGCAACGGUGGAUGGGCUCGGGUCCGAUGGUGCGUGGUUCGUCGCCUGUGCACCACAGCUGAAGGGCAACACCGAAAUAGCGUACCUGUUGCAUGGAGUGUGCUACCUGACGGAAGGCGUUGAAACGACCGAAGAGCCGAACAGUCUGUUCAAAAUAAAACCGCUGCGUGGGAAAGCUCAACAGAGAAGGUACGGAAAGAGCUACAACUACAUGUACGGUGAGCAAGGGUUCAGCCUGCACGUGACGGACGAUGGCGAUGAGGUGCUUAUAGGAGCGCCGGGAGUGAUGGAUUGGCGCGGAACGGUUCUGCGCUACCGUCAGCGGGCGGCAUCCGUUCCCGGCUACGAUCCUGCCAGCAGAAGCAAUGUGCACCAGGAAUAUAACCGUUGGCGCCGCUUGACCCAUGAAUGCGUUGUUCCGAACCCGAUCCACACCAACGUACCGGUCAACUCGUACUUCGGUUAUGCGGUCAGUUCGGGUCGGUUUCUUGGCAACCACAAGGUGCUGUACGUGGCCAGCGCUCCGCAGGCAAGGAGCCAGCACGGUGAGGUGAUCAUUUUCGACUAUGCCGACAAUCGCACCGUUUGGGAGACGGUGAUCGUACGCUAUCGGACGUUCGUGGGGCAACAGUUCGGCGAGUACUUUGGGUAUGCACUGCUGACGGAGGAUUUUAAUAGCGACGGGCUGCCGGAUCUUGCCAUCGGUGCGCCCAUGCACAGCCGGGCACGGGAGCAUGAUAAUGGGGUGGUGUACGUGUUUCUGAACGCUGGUGAGCUGAACUUUGAGCUGCAGAGUAAGCUGGCCAGCUCGUACGAGCUGGGCGGAAGGUUCGGCACGAGUCUGGGGAAGAUUGGUGAUCUCAACCGAGAUGGAUAUGGAGACAUUGCGAUCGGUGCACCGUUCGAAGAAGCUGGUGCCGUGUACAUAUUUCUCGGUUCAGCCAAUGGAGUGCCGAGCCGUCCCAGUCAACGGUUGGUGCCAUCUGCUGCCCAUCUACGAACGCCUUCCUACCAACCGUACAUGUUCGGGCACGCCCUCUCCCGGGGGAUCGAUAUCGAUGGCAACGGUUACACCGACCUUGCCGUUGGAGCACCGAACGGGGAAGCGGUGUACGUGUUCCGCUCGUACCCGAUCGUUCGCAUUGAGGCGAGAAUUAACUCCACCAAGCGAGAGCUGCCCGAGGAGGGUGGCGUCUUCGAAAUAGCCGUCUGCUGGUCCACCGAAUAUCCGGCCGGUGUACCGUUUCCCGUUGCGCUGCAGUACACGCUGGACGUGGACGGCCAGAUGGGCCGUGCAUCGGUCGGUAAUCGAAGUUCGCCUGAAGCCCGGCACGAAAGUGUUACAGUCUCCGGUGAUCCACUCUGCCGGCAGUACAGCAUCAGGGUGAACGCUUCACCAACCACACUCUACAAACCGAUCGCCAUUGAGGUGGAGUUUGGGAUGGCGGCUACGGCAACGCCACCGAAAGGGGGACCAUUUUGCGAUCGCUGUGCGAUACUAGAUCCGGAUGUUUCGAGCCACGUCCAGGAACGUAUUCCCUUUAAAACGGGCUGCAGAAAGGAGGUGUGUGAAACGGAUCUGAAAAUCACAAACAUCCGAUGGGUGGACAUCGUACCGCCGUUUGUGGUUGGGAGCGCGAAAAAAGUGACCCUCGAGGUGGAGAUUGAAAAUGCCGGUGAGAAUGCGUACCUUCCGCAGCUGAACGUAAGUGUGCCUUCCUUUCUUCGGUCGGUGCAUCCACCCCCGUCUGAAUGUGCCCAAUCAGGGGCUGUGCGGGGUGAGAUAAGCAUUUUGUGUGGACUAAACAAUGGUUUACCGUUGAAAGCCUUCACGCGGAUGAAGCACUCCCUAACGCUUGACGUGACGCAAGUGCAGCCAGGCACUGCGUUUCUUGAGCUACGUCUGAAGGUUUUAACCACCAGCAAGGAACAGUGGCCUCGUGACAAUGAAGUUGAGGAGCGGCUACUGUUGCGAGAAUUUAGCCACAUUGAUAUCGUAAGCAAAACAACUCCCCGUGAAGCGAACUUUGAAACGCUGACGGGCUUCCUGAACGUGUCCCAGCUGGUGAAGCUCCACAACAACGGGCCAAGCACGCUAAGCGGUGCCCUAUUUCUUGCCGACAUCCCGCUCAGCUACACGCCGACCCACCUGGGUGGCCAGAAAAGCUGCCCAGUGGUACGGCUCGAGGGCAUUAGCGUGCGAAGCAGCUACAACGAGACACCGCUCGAGGUGGACUGGAUACAGGCGGCCGGUGGGAAAGGGUUGCUAAAACAAACGUUUGCAUUUUACUCGAAAAAGCAACCCGAACCGUAUUAUCGAGCCCGGGAAGAAGAUGACGUUCCGAGUAACUUUGAGUUCACCGUGGUGCCGGAAUUGCUCGAUGAAAAGCACCAGUAUGCGCACGCUUUAGUAGGGAAUGCCGCUAGUGCCCGUCAGAAACGGUCCAAUCUUUGGCUGGCCCCACCAACCCGGCCAAGCUCAGCUUCCAUUCAGCUGGACGAGCUGCCCACCCUGCGAACCGUUCACUUCAACUGUGCCCAAAACCUAUCGGACGUGGAGUGUUUGCAGCUUCAGAUAUGGUUACCACCGUUCCCGGUCGCUAACAAGCCGAUCUACGUCGAGCUUCAGUACAGGCUGAACCUAAACGCGAUUGCGGCGUGUAUGCACGAACAGGAAGACAUCUUCGUUGUGCAGGUGCUGACGGAUUUAGUGAAACCUUUGGACGAGCGGAAGGAAACGUUCCGCAUUGCACGAAACCACCCGUACACGGUGGUGUAUCGGGAUGUUAGCGUCAGCACACCGAUCUGGAUCUAUGUGACGUCAUCGUUCGGUGGGCUUUUGCUGCUGGCCGCCAUCACCUACACGAUGCAUCGGGUUGGAUUCUUUGAGCGGCACAUGCGGCAGGAGAUGGAGAAAAUGAACCGUGAGAGUGGCAUUCUAGACAGCACGACCGAUCAGGAAGAGACCGCGCAGGAGGUUUCUGAAAUAUAAAGUAAUAGUAUUUAAUAUUUAUAUUUAGUUUGGAGAUUGUUCUGCUGAUAGAUUUCGUUUCUACUUUCAUCUAUUAUAAUUUAAAAGCAGUUUUUAGAAGAGAUAUCCCUCGCUGUGAUUGAAAUGCGUUUUCUUUUAAGGACGAAACUAUAAAUAAACGUUGAAAAUGUUCUCCAUUUAAUUAAUGGUUUUCUCAAACAUUAUUGUACAAUUCAAAAUGGAAAAAACUGCCGAACUCAGAGCUUUUUUUUCCAUGAAAUUCAACUGAAUUUAUUCGGGAAAACGUUCGUACUAUGUGGUUGUGCUUCGUUCAUUUCAUAGUGCAUCGCUCUUUUUGAUCUCAAACAUGUUCUUACUAGCUAAACUUGUUAUCGAACAAAAACCCGGUUUCCAUUCCUCACUCGUUCUCCGUCUGAGGGCUGGAUACAACGUAACAAUAUCAUUUUUUUAUUUUAAAAUUCAUUUCCUUGUAACAGAGCGAGUUGUACACCACCUCUACCCUACGAUCCGAUUGUAAACGUUUAUGAUUUCUUUUUCUUGUUUGAUUCACUCCUCAUUUUUUCCAGUACAACCCUAUUUAUUGUUUGUAACGAUUUAUUUGUUCUACGUUUUUUAUCAUCUUUCUAACCUGCUUUGUAUGUUUUUUAUCUCUUUCUUAUCAACAAAUUCCAACACUAUUUCGAUUACUGCAUUUCUCUCAUGUGUCUGUGUGUUUGCUCAUUUAUUCAAAUAUUAUUUAACUGCUUUAUUGUUUCAACACGCACGCAUUUUCGAAUAAGUUUUUUUUUCUUCUGAUACUGAUUUCGUUCAAUAAUAUUGUCACAUUUUAGUUACGACUCAUGUAGGACGUUGCGUGGUUGCAUUCUUAAUCGUGCUUGUUUAUUGUGAAAAGGAUUUGAGAGUGCGGAUGUUUUAGUCCGCAAAAGUCCGCAGCAAAGCAAACAGCAAUAAAACCCAAUUCAAUUUUACAAUACAUCUUUAACUAAACAUAAUAUUAGAGCUUUUCGGCUUUUCGGUCUUAGUAUGCGUUACACUCAUGGUGGAUUAGGGUGCUUGUUUGUGAAAACAUAUAACAAAACCUGAUUAUCCUGAUUAUUCAACAAUCCGGCGUCUUCAGCGUCGAGCAAGCGGAACAAAUCGAUCAAACAAACGAUCAUCCGGUUACAAAGCAACACUGUUUGCGUAUUCUAUGGCAGUUCCCGUUUUGUCGGCGUGUUAUACACGUCCAUUUAAAACUUUAAACAAGCACCAUUGCCUUAAACGAUUAUGCUUAUGAAGUGACAAGUGUCUCAGAAAAGUGCAAAAAAGCUUGCACGAAACUUAAGUUUUAGAAUGUAUUUACACACAUCUCAAUCUAUGCCGCGUGUUCGAUCGUGUACUAGCUUAUCAGUAGAAUCCAGUAGUGCAGGAUAAAUUAAGGGUGUUUUUUUAUUAUUAUUAUGAGCUCAGAUUACGCUCACUGUUGUGCAAAUGCGAUGAUGCGAAUUCGGAGGUUACAGAACAUGGUACAGUUCAUUCACAUUUGACUAAAAGUGCGACAUUGUUGACUGUGGGACUGUGCUUUUUUCGGUAGGUAAGGUUCGGAACGGUUUGAUAUGCACAAUUGCAUUAACGGGUGAGGAGGAUGAGGUUCUUAUAUAGAGUUAAAAUAGCUGAGAUACACUCCAAACUCAUCCCUUUCGUUCGAGCGGUUGCAAUUCCAAUCCUAUUGUUAAAAAAAACAACAACAUAUGAAACAAGCUUCUGGGUGGCAAA